AUGCCUCCUAUUAAUCUAUCGUCAAACACAGUAAGUGCCACAACGCUGCAGUCAAUAGAAAUAACAAUUGAGGCACAUAAAAUCGAACCAAUUAGUAAUAGUAAUGAUGAAGAAAUUGGUGCUGAUGAUAAUGUUGCGAUUCCAUCUUCAGAAUCGACAGUUGCUGCAGAUAAUCACAGUGUUGACGAAGAGGCUUUAGAACAAAAUGAUGAGGAUUAUUAUUAUACUCAAUUUCUUUAUUUGGAUAACAGUGAUGAUGAUUCAGAUUAUUUCUGCGACAAUGAUGAUAAUAAUGAUGAGUGUUAUUUGACUCGGCAUCUAGAUCGAAAACAACUAUCUUUGGUUGAUGAUUUUGAGAAAACCAAAUAUCAACGUGCAAAACGCUCAAAUAAAAAAGUGAAUGCACGCUGUCAGAUAAAGACAAAGCAUGCAAAAUCAAUUAAAUUUAAUUCACAGAAUAAAAUAUUGUACAUGCACCAUCGAUUAGUUAAAACGGUUGUACUUGAUCCACCAAGUCGAAAUCAUAGCUCUGGAAGUACAUCAAAUCGGCCCUAUUCAUCUGAAGAAUUACGGUCGGUUCCUGAUGAAAAGCGUAAUCGUAAAACUGUUCCUAACGUUCAGAAAGCAACAAUUCAAAAACCUGCAUCGAAUGUUCCACCAAAUCAAUUGAGUGAAUAUACAAUUAAUGACUAUACUCUUCAAAACAACAUCAGUUUUGAUGAUGCUAUGAUUGCUUUUCUUCUUGAAAUGCAAAAUCGUGAUCUAUCUCCAAAUGAUUAUGAAAUGCUAUUGCGACUUGAUGAAUGUGUACAACGUAAAACAGUUGAUGCAAGUGCUUUAGAUCGAUUGCCAACAACGAAUGUCAGUGAAUCACAUUUAAACGAUCAUUGUACUAUCUGCAUGGAGACAUAUGCUCUUGGACAGCAAAUAAAAACAUUGCCCUGUACACAUAUCUUCCAUGUAAAUUGUAUUGAAAUUUAUUUAAAAGAAUUUUCUAUACAAUGUCCACUAGAUAAUUUACCUCUGGUAUAA